GCUUUUUGUGCUCGUUGAAUCGCAGAAUACACUUUGCCAGAUAAGCAUUUAACUGGCAUUUUAUUGUCAUGGCUAUUCUUCAUUUUUGUGUCCGAGGUUUACGACCGCUGUGUAAGCAGGUCUUUCGUCGUUAGUAAAUGCGAUUUGUAGUACACAAAAGUCCUGAUCUGAGAAAGAAAACCAAGCGGUUAUUUAAAGUUAAAAUACUAACGAGGGAAUAAAACUGAAGGAAACGCGUAGUUGCUUUCUCUUUCAUCUCAAAGCCUAACAAUAUGCCAGAAAAGCAGAUCGAGAGCCCAAACUUGUCGUCCGCCAGGUUUUCCUCAUUUCUUAUUGAAAACCUUUUGAGAUCAAACAGAAACGAAAAUAAAAAGGAAAGUAACUGGGAUCCACCAGAAGGUAGUCGCAAAAAGAAGCAUUUUUUCGGUGGAGUUGUCAUCAACCAUUGUAAUCAGAUCUGCUGUAUGCUUUCUAACGAUGGAUUUAGCACACACGGCCACUCGCUUGGACAGAACAAUCUGGAGUGGUACAGAGAGUCAACGAUUAGACCUAAACUGUACACUAGGAGAGAAAGUGCAAAUGACGGUGACUGUGAUUUUGAGGAGCUGCCAGCCAGCGACCGAGACUCGCCUGUGAUUUCUGAAUCGGUGGAAAACCAGGAAGAAGGAGAUGGAAAAUCGUUAAGCAGCGUUGAAGAAGAUACAGAUCCUGAUUAUGUUGAAAUGGCGGACCAGGGCAACACUGAGGCAAAAUCUGCUCGUAAGAAAAAGACCCGAACAGUUUUCAGCAGGAGUCAAGUUUUCCAGCUGGAAUCAACGUUUGACGUAAAGAGAUACCUCAGCAGCUCAGAAAGAGCAGAGCUUGCUGCAUUGCUACAUCUUACCGAAACACAGGUCAAAAUCUGGUUUCAAAACAGGCGAAACAAGUGGAAAAGGCAGUUAGCAGCGGACUUGGAGUCGGCAAAUCUUUGCCAGUCUCCACAGAGGAUUGUCCGAGUUCCCAUUUUGUACCGUGAGACUUCUGCCCCGAUCGCACUGAGCUUCAAUUUGCCUCAGGUUACUCCAUCAUUAAUUAAUUUUCAGAAUUCUACAUCUUACCCCGUUUCAUUCCACCCUUCAGCUUCUUUAAUAAGAUCUCACAUCCAAGGGCUCAUUUAAACGCACAGUUACAUGAAUAUGAUGAUUUUAUGGGGUCUUACUUCUAAAAUUGUGGUUUCAUGUGAUUCCAAAAGCAAUAUGCAUAUUGCAAAAUACCUAAAUAGACAGUUAAGAAAAGUUAACGUUGGAAAUAAGACAAAGUACUUUGGGACACCGUUAUCUUAUAUGCUAAUCCUAAUAACCUUUUACUAUUCUUUAUGUAAAUUGAUUUACUUUGUGCAUAAUCGCAUUACAUUUAAUUAUGUUUUAGUCUAUACUAUAGAAACUCACUAUAAUAAUAGAUAUAUUUUAGAGAGCAUGUGAUGAAAAACUGCAUUUGAAGUGAAAUGUUACUUAUGAAAAGUACCUUUUUUACAGAUCAGUAUCUUAAUUUGACACAUUUUCAUUAUCAAAAGUGAAAGGAAUGCAACAAAAUAAAAAGAAUAAAAUAUA